AUGAGAAAAGCUUUAAAAAUUGAUGAUGAAUUUGUUGAUGGGACAUGUUUAAAAAGUAUGGCUAAAAAAGAUGAGAAUCAAGAGGAAGAAAGUGAAGAUGUUAUUGAAAAGGCAGCUAAAGAGAAAUUGGAUAAAAAUUCUUUAAAAAAAUUAGCUAGAGAUAUUUUGAAAGCUGAAAAAGAAACAAGAAGAACAGAGAGAAAGGCUAAAAGAGAUGAAGAAAACAAGUCACGGAAAAGAAGUCGGGACAGUAGCAGAGAAAAAUCGAGAAAGCGAAGACAUAGUUCUUCAUCUUCCAGUUCUGAAUCAUCUUCUGAUUCUGAUUCCGAUUCCGAUUCUUCUUCUAGUUCUGGCUCAUCUUCUGGCUCUGAAUCUACUUCUAGUUCUGAAUAA